AUGAGUGGAGCUUUGACCGUUGCAGACUCCAAAGACUCAUUCGUUUCCAGUUCUGCUGCUCCUUUAUCCGACCUAAGGUUUUUGACUAUUUCUUGGUGUCAUCAGAGAAAGCAGUGGCAAGGCCCCUCUCAUGCUCUGUGCCAAGAAGUGGAUGGUUACGCUAGGUCUGAUCUGCAGCGACGUGGAAUGAUCACAGCUUUCGACACCCCUGUGCCUCUCUUUCCUCAGCACUUGAUCCUCUUCCUGCUCUUCCUCGGACCUUUCAACUGCUUCGCCAGUUACAGCCGUGCCACCGAGCUCUUCUACAGCCUCAACGACGGGCUGCCUGCUGGGGCCGCUGCCUCCUCCUCCUCGUCACCCUCACCUGAGUCAUGUCUGCUGCUGCUGGACGUGCUGGUGCUGCCACAGGAGUACUUCCGCCUGGUGAAGGUGAAGAUCGCUAUCCGGGAUGUCAACGACAAUGCACCGCACUUCCCUGUGCCCCACAUCCGCCUUUCUGUGCCCGAGAACGCACCUGUGAACACCCGCCUGGCCAUUGAGCAUCCUGCCCUCGACCCCGACAUGGGCACCAACAGUGUUCAGACGUACCGCCUGCGAGAUAACUAUGGUGUCUUCACCCUGGACGUGGAGGAGAAUGAAAGCGGGGAGAGGACCCCUUACUUGAUCGUCAUGGGGGCUCUGGACAGGGAGGCCAGGGAGGAGUAUGUCACAGUCAUCAUUGCUGAGGACGGGGGGACCCCUCCGCUUGUGGGCAGUGCCACCCUUACCAUUGGCAUCAGCGACAUCAAUGACAACUGCCCCCAGUUCAAUGACUCUCAGGUCAACAUCACAGUUUAUGGGAAUUCCACCCUAGGGACACACGUGGUCACUGUCCACGCCAUAGACAUGGACCUCGGAUCGAAUGCCCAGAUUACCUACUCCUACAGUCAGAAGGUCCCCCAGGCAUCCAGAGACUUGUUCCAUCUGGACGAAAGCACAGGAGUCAUCACACUCUCCAGUAAGGUUGAUGGGGACACUCCAAGGCUCCACAGGCUGAUCAUACUGGGCAAUGGCCCUGGUUGUAUCCCUGCAGUGAUCACAGUGCUAGUGACCAUCAUCAAAGUCAUGAUGAGGCCACCUGAAGUUGUCCCUCGUUUCAUAGCUAAUGAAGUGGAGGGGGUGGUGUACUUGAAGGAACUGGAGCCUAUCAACACACCAAUAGCAUUUUUUACCAUCAAAGACCCUGAUGAAAAAUACAAAGUUGAUUGCUAUUUGGAUGGUGACGGGCCUUUCAGACUGUCACCGUACAAGCCAUACAACAAUGAAUACUUAUUAGAGACCACAAAGCCUUUGGACUAUGAGACUCAGCAGCUGUAUGAAAUAUCAGUAGUCGCGUGGAACUCGGAAGGGUUUCAUGUCAACAAAAUAAUCAAAGUACAGGUUCUGGAUGACAAUGACAACUCACCAGUUUUCUCUCACCAGCUAAUAGAAUUAUCCAUUGAGGAGAACAAUGUUCCCAAUGCUUUCUUGACCAAACUGCAUGCUACAGAUGCUGACAGUGGAGAAAGAGGAGAAGUGUCCUAUUUUUUAGGGCCUGAUGCCCCUUCCUAUUUUUCUUUAGAUAAAACCACAGGAGUUCUUACAGUUUCCACCCAGCUGGACAGAGAAGAAAAAGAGAAAUAUAGAUAUACUGUCAAAGCAGUAGAUUCUGGAUUUCCUCCAAGAGAAUCAAUAGCAACUGUCGCCAUCACUGUAUUGGAUAAAAAUGACAAUAGUCCAAGAUUUAUCAAUAAGGAUUUCAGCUUUUUCGUACCAGAAAAUUUUCCAGGGUUUGGUGAAAUUGGAGUUAUCAGUGUCACAGAUGCUGACGCAGGGCAAAAUGGAUGGGUUGCCCUUUCAGUUGUGAACGGAAGUGAUAUUUUUGUCAUAGAUACUGGCAAAGGGGUUUUGAGAGCUAAAGUCCCCCUUGACAGGGAGCAGCAAAGCUCCUAUGUUCUGUGGAUUGAAGCAGUUGAUGGUGGUGAUCCUGCCCUGUCCUCUACUGCAAAAAUAACUAUUCUUCUUCUGGACAUAAAUGACAACCCUCCUCUGGUCUUGUUUCCUCAAUCUAAUAUGUCUUAUUUGUUGGUACUUCCUUCUACUCUUCCUGGCUCUCCCAUCACUGAGGUCUAUGCUGUUGAUAAGGACACUGGCAUGAAUGCAGUCAUAGCCUACAGCAUCAUAGGAAGGAGAGGCCCUCGACCGGAGUCGUUUCGGAUUGAUCCUAAAACUGGUAACAUCACCUUGGAAGAGUCACUGAUGCAAAAUGACUAUGGCCUCUAUCGGUUGCUUGUAAAAGUUAGUGAUCACGGUUACCCAGAACCCCUCCAUUCCACUGUCAUGGUGAACCUCUUUGUCAAUGACACUGUUAGCAAUGAGAGCUAUAUCGAAAGUUUGUUAAGAAAGGAGCCUGACAUCAAUAUAGAAGAAAAGCAGCCACAAAUAUCCAUAGAGCCUGCACAUAAAAAAGUGGAGUCAGCAUCCUGCAUGCCUACUCUAGUAGCUCUGUCAGUAAUAAGCUUGGGUUCAAUCACCUUAGUAACUGGCAUGGGCAUUUACAUCUGUCUAAGAAAAGGGAAAAAGCAUCACAGAACAGACGAAAACUUGGAAGUACAAAUCCCAUUAAAUGGAAGAAUUAACCUGCACAUGUUGGAAAAGAAACCAAUGGAGAUUUCUAACAUUUGACAUUUCCUUGCGGAUAAUCCAAACCGAUGUCUAACAAACCCUGGACAACUCUGAAACACCUAGCUGUGGGUUGUGUUGGAAGAAGCUGCAGUGAAGGACCAAUAAUUUAUAACUUAAUAAUAUUAUAAUUGUAAAUAGCGGUUUACAGUUUUUUAAAUUCAAAUUCAGUGUACAGCUUUUUUAUGAAACCUUAGUACUAACAGCUAGCACCCUAUCUUUAAAACAUGGACAUCGUUUGCAACCUUCAUAAAUCAAUCAGACUAUGAUCAUAAAAAAGAGGAAGGUAAGACAAUUCUUUAAACUCAAGUUUAAAAAGUUAUUUUAGCCACAAGAGGGCAUCAGCUGCUCCUGAGCUGGAAACUAUUUGAGGUUCUGUCCAUAAGAUAAACAUAGAAUAUAUUUUAAAUAUAUUGGUUUUAAUAUAAAAUAUACAUUGGCAUACAGACAUUUACACAAAAAAAAAAAAAGAAGUGUCUGUCCUGGUUUAUGUACAAGUAAUAUGUACAAGUAAAAGAAUAAGGACGUUAAAAUGCACUAGUAAAAUAAACAGAAUGUUUAUUACCUCACAAGUAAAGCUUAUACAGUAGGAUAGAAAAGGCAUUAACAAGAAGUGCAAUUCCUGUUGAGCAAGAGUGCAAGAUAAUGUAAUGAGAAUUUGAACUGCUAUGGCAUAUCAUCUUUCAUUUGCUACAGAUUUCACCCACAUUAUCAUUUGCUCCAGCAGUCCACUGGUCAUUUUUAUGGAAAAUUACAUUUAAUAUUUCUUGCAGCAGAUGUAGAGAAAACCCCAUGCUCAUCCUCAUAAACAUGGCCAGAUGCAGGGAAGCAAGAGGAUGGCUAAAUCUUUAGUUGUCAGAGGAGUGAUAAUAUUUUUUGUACUUUGAGCAAUCUGUCAGUAGUACUCCAUCAGUUUGGUUGUGUAAUAGAUUUUUCAUGUGAUACUUCUGAAUUUGAUCUGCCAGGUGAAAACAAAAAUCACUUCAUAUUAUAAGGAAUUAUAAGACUUAGUUUAUACUGACUAUUGCUCCUUUCUGGAUUGGUAUUUCAUGUGAAAGAUCUUAUUUCUGUCUUUUGGCUACCAUUCCUGGCUCCUUUUCAUUGGCUUUGAUUUUGGAUUAGAUCCAGAAUCUAACUUCCAAGACUGGUGGCAUAUUUUCUUGAUAAUUUAUUCUUUUGCUGUAUCCUCUGCAACAAAGCAGCAGGUUUAUCAGUGAUGCAUCACUUUCACUUCAUUGUAAGAGCUGAGAACUAUCUUUUGUAUGAUGAUUACAUCAAAUUUCUCUGUGUAAACAAGAUAAAUUAGUGUUAUGCUUAAAAAUGAUUAUUUUGAUUUCUGGCAUCAUAUGUCUGUAAUGUACCAAAAGUGUUUAUAUGUCUGCAAAUUAAAGCUAUAUAUUUUCAUAAUAA